UUGUUCUCUUUGUCUACCGCUACCCACAAUGCCAUUGCCAUGAUCAGCUUUGGAUGGCGGAAAGUCUCAGCUCAUUUAAGGUGCACACCCCCCCAGGCUACCGACAUGUUCCUCAUAACUUCUGCAUUACCAGAAAAGCCCCGACAGAUACUACCCCCCUGACGAAGAGCAAACUGAGAACUACCGCCAAGCUCCCCAAAACUGACAACACUUAUGUCGGAAGCGAAGAAAAGAUCCUCAAGCCAAGCGGGGCUCAGCGAUGAGGACUACGAGGACAGCGACGUCAGUGUCCACUCCGACAGUGACAGCCACUCCGACCAGGACAGCGAUGACCGGCACGAUGGGGUCGAGACUCGUCUGGUUAACGCCCUGCGCGAGGUCAGCGGCAACCGCCAGAAGACGGUCCCCCUGACGCCGCCGCCCGAAGUCGAUGAUGCAGGCAUCACUGACAGACAGCCGGACCGGGAGGAGGACCGUGAUUCGGCGGUCGACGCGGACGAUGAGCGGGAGACAUCGCCAUCAUCAGAGAAUGGCGACGAGAGCGACGGUGACAAGGAGAAUCGGCCCCCCGUGGAGGCGGAUGAGGAGUACGAGGAGCCCCAAGAGGGCGAGGAUGAAGGCGAAAAUGCCGUGAACAGAGAGACAUCCUAUGCGGGGGAGGCUAGCGGACCACAAUACCAGGAGAAAAGAAAGAUCAAAAGACGCAGGAAGUAUGAAGCAGAGGCCGACCAUUCUGAGGCGAUCCGCCAGAAGUACAUGGAGAUGCGGAAAACCCGCACCCCCAUUGCUUGUGACCGUUGCAAGGUGAGUCCACUCCAGUGGUGUUAUGUCUUCUCGUCCUAUCACAAAAUAAGGAAUUGAG